CGGUUUGACGAGUUAGAUUCUUUGCCACAAUUUGUUGUGAAUAUAUCGGUAGGCUGAUCCUAUUUUGUUCCUGCAAGGAUUCUACUCCAGAUAUCCCUUAUAAAACCACCUCCGUUGAACGCGUUAAAAAAUGGUUCGAUUGUGAAGUGCAGUUCAUUAUUUGUAACAUAGUGUCGGGUGUUUUGCUGGAAUUUUCGGGUUUCACUGAUCGCAUCCAGGGGGGAGGCUCACGUCACUAGCUCACACGUCAGCCGGAAUCACACACACUAAUUGCUGUACAAAACACUUGCCAGCGGGUGACUCUUCUCUCGGACGAAAAGGAGUGUAUUUGGGCAUUCAAAAUGGUGUUAAUAGCAGCCGCCGUGUGUACGAAAGCGGGGAAAACAAUCGUUUCCCGGCAGUUUGUAGAGAUGACGAAGGCCCGCAUCGAAGGACUGCUGGCCGCGUUUCCGAAGCUAAUGACUUCCGGUAAGCAGCACACAUUCGUCGAAACGGAUUCCGUGCGCUACGUAUACCAGCCGCUGGAAAAGCUAUACAUGCUGCUCAUCACCACCAAGGCAAGUAACAUCCUGGAGGAUCUCGAAACGCUGCGCCUGUUCUCGAAGGUGAUUCCCGAGUACUGCCGUUCGCUGGAGGAGAAGGAAAUCAUCGAGAAUGCGUUCGAUUUGAUCUUCGCGUUCGAUGAGAUCGUUGCGCUGGGCUAUCGGGAGAGCGUCAACCUGGCGCAGAUUAAAACGUUCGUCGAGAUGGAUUCGCACGAGGAGAAGGUGUACCAGGCGGUUCGGCAAACGCAGGAACGGGAGGCGAAGCAAAAGAUGCGUGAACGUGCGAAGGAACUGCAGCGUCAGCGCAUGGAGAUGAAGAAGGGUCAAUCGGGUGGCCGGGGUGGUGGUGGCGGCAGUGGUCCCGCCGGUGGCUUCGGCAACAGCUUCGGCAGCAGUGGCGGCAUAUCAAGUGAUAGCAUUUCUUCGCUUAGCACGCCGUCUGCCAACAUCGCUGAAAUAAGCAAACCAGCACCAGCUGCCGCUAAAUCAACCGCACCACGUAAUGCGCUCAAACUGGGUGGCAAAUCACGCGAUGCCGACACAUUCGUAGAUCAGCUCAAGAACGAAGGAGAAAAGGUGGUUUCUACCCCAUUGCCCACCGUGGCCUCAUCGGCGUCUGCCAAAGCGAAGCCUGUCUCGGAUGUGCCGAUGGAUUCUGUGCAUUUGCGCAUGGAGGAUAAGGUGGUGAUUCGUAUCGGGCGCGACGGUGGACUGCAAACGUUCGAACUGUCCGGAUUGCUGUCGUUGCGCAUAUCGGACGAAAAGUACGGCCGUAUUAAGGUGCAGCUGGAUAAUACGGAUCAGCGCGGCAUUCAACUGCAGACGCAUCCGAACGUGGACAAAGAGCUAUUCCGAAGCGCGAAUCAGAUUGGGUUGAAAAAUCCGGCCAAACCAUUCCCGCUGAACACGGACGUAGGUGUUUUGAAGUGGCGCUAUCAGACGCAGGACGAGUCCGCCGUACCGUUGACUAUUAACUGUUGGCCAUCGGAAAAUGCAGAGGGCGGUUGUGACGUGAAUAUUGAGUACGAGCUGGAGCAUACUCGAUUGGAGUUGCAGGAUGUUUGCAUUACGAUUCCACUACCCAUGGGUAUUACACCGUCGAUUGCCGAGUGCGAUGGUGACUACAAUCACGAUUCGCGAAAGAAUCAGCUGCUGUGGAAUCUGCCGGUCAUUGAUGCUUCCAGCAAACAGGGCUCGAUGGAGUUCAGCGUACCCAGCUCCAUUCCGGGUGACUUUUUCCCGCUCGAUGUAACAUUCUCGUCCAAAAUUCCCUAUGCCGAGCUAGCACCCGCUAAAGUAAUGCUGGUAGAGGACGGUAGCGAUGUGAAGUUCUCGGCCGAAACAGUUUUCUAUACGGAUAAGUUUGAAAUAGUGUAAAUCGGCAACCGAACGUGCGUCGACGAGGGGGGGGUGGGGGGAUACACCGCCGCAUCCCUCAAGCGUGGAAGUUGUGGUUGUGUUUACGUGAAUAUGUAUAUCAUUAUAUUUCUGCUUCUCUUACGAUGCCGCAAUUCCACAGUACAGAACGGAGGGAGAGAGUUACAUAGUGAAAGGGUCAGCUGUUUAUAGAGGUAAGCGUACGUCCGUAGCGAAAUAUGCAGUGCCUGUGCACACGAGUGCACGGAUAGUAGUAGUAGCGGAGUGAAUUCAUCUUCCCCAUCCGUUGCGCUACCGGCGAAGGAUUCAUACGUUUUCGUUGAUUUUUACCUUGAUUUUCUUUUUUAAAAACGCAUAUUAUGCCUCCUCCCCUGUUGGUGUGUAGCAUUUUUUUAAACAACCAAUCAAAUACGCAACCCGCCCACGGUGGGAAACAUUCUACGUUAGCAAAGCUGUAAGAUGGCGAACUAUUAAUUACGAGCAUAUGGGAGAAAACAAAAAGAAGAGUAAUCCAAACAUCCAAACGGUGAAUAAACGUAAAUUAACUACGAAGAAGCGUG